CUUCCACGCCUGCGUGCUGACGUUGUCCGUUGGCGGUCGGCCAUCUUUUCUGGCGCCGGGGCUCUCGCUAGCUGCUGGUGUGCGCGGAGGGGAGUGCAGUGGGAAUUUAGGUGGCGGUUCAGCGUGUGCGGCCUGCCUGUAACUCCUGGGGGAAUCUCUGUCACUGUAUUACAUCAGGCCAGGUAACCGGCGGCAACCAGGCGGAGGCAGGAUCCGUGCCGGCCCCCUCCAUUAGCGUCAUAACUACGCGCCGGCAUCACCGCCAUUCACUCCGCUUCCGAGAACCGACCGCUCAGCCUUGAUUCUACGCAGUGAGGACGCCGCUGGCCCCAGGAGAGGACUGGGCCUAAAAGUGAGGCAGAGGCUGUACCAGACUCGAUGAAUUUCCUUCGACAUGUCGGAGAAGUCAGGCCAGAGCACAAAAGCAAAGGAUGGGAAAAAGUAUGCUACUCUCAGCCUAUUUAACACAUACAAGGGAAAAUCGCUAGAAACUCAAAAAACUACUGUUGCUGCACGCCAUGGACUUCAAAGUCUGGGCAAAGUUGCUGUGUCUCGACGCAUGCCUCCACCUGCAAAUUUGCCCAGUCUAAAAGCAGAAAAUAAAGGCAAUGACCCCAACGUGAACAUUGUGCCCAAAGAUGGAACAGGCUGGGCGUCCAAACAAGACCAGUGUGAAGAAGAGAAAACACCAGAAGUGCCACCAUCACCACCACCACCACCUCCAAAGCCAGUUGUUCCCCCUACACCAGAGGUUCCUGUUGUUGCCAAAUCAUGGGCUAGUACCAAGCCAGGUGGGCAAGUUGAAGGUGUUCAGGUGAACAGAUAUUUCCAGCAAGAAUUCCCCAGUCUGCAGGCAGCUGGGGACCAGGAAAAAGUAAAAGAGAAAGAAGUUACAGAUGAUAAUUAUGGACCUGGACCCAGUUUGCGCCCACAAACUGAUGUGGCCAGUUGGCGCGAAGGUGGAGGAAGAAACCUUGGCACGCCACUUGCACCUUCUGACCAAGAAAACGUUGCUUCAGUCGGAGAGGAUGGAUCCUCUAAUCCUGCUCUCCCUGGUGCUGCAGACCAGAGCAAGAUUGGGGAUAAACGAGCUAGUCAUGGCGCACCCAAUCCACUAAAAUUGAAUGGGCAGCAACCUGGCCUACCUCCUCAGUACAGAGGCAUGAUGCCUCAAUUUGCUGGAAAUAUGUUCCCAUCUUAUCCACGGCUUCCGUUUCCCCCAAUGCAGGGGCCAACACGUUAUCCCACACCAGCGGAGAACAACAGACUCUCUAGAAGACCCCCACAAGCAUGGGCUGCUGAAGGUGUUGAACGCCCCUCCAUCAUUAGUGCAACUGAGCUCAAGGAACUGGAUAACCUGGACACUGAAACGGACGAUGGCUGGGCAGGAGAACAAAGUGAAGUAGAUUACACUGAGCAAUUAAAUUUCAGCGAUGAUGAGGAGCAUUCUUCUGGUCAGAAAGAGAAGAUGGAAAGCUGGGAUGAUCGGAUCUCUAAAAAUGAGCAAGUCCAUGCAAAAUCUGAAAAUUCAGAGGACGGUAAGGAAUCGGAAGAAAGGGCAACCACUACUUCUUCCCAAGCUGCACAUAUAAUGGGACAGAAGUCACUGCUUGGUAAAGGUCCACCUCUGGACACACAGGACAGACGCCAGAUGCCUCCAUCUCUUUUAUCAUUAGAGAAAACUAUUCCACCUCUCUUGCAAUCAAAGAAUGUUCCUCAACAGCACCCUGCUCAAGGCCACCCUGGGGGUCCUCCUAGGCCAACACCUUUACAAUCACGUCCCAGUGAGGAUGAGAUAUGGAAGCAAAGACGUAGGCAACAAGCAGAGGUUUCUGCUGCUGUAGAACGUGCCCGUAAGAGACGGGAAGAGGAGGAAAGACGAAUGGAAGAGCAGAGGAAAGCUGCAUGCGCUGAAAAAUUAAAGCGUUUGAAUGAGAAGUUUGCUGCUACAGCACCACCGGCCUCUUCUGAAAAACCAGCAGCAGAAAAACCACCUGAAGAAAAGACAAUAAAUGAAGAGCCCCCUCAAGAACCACCCCAGCAUGAAGAGAAGGUAGCUGAGGUUGAGCAGCCUGUGAAAGAAAAAGAACCAGAGAGGCCAGACACUCCUGUGCAACAGGAAGGGAAGGAGGAAGUACCAUCUCAACCAGACGCCGAAGUUGCAGAUGAAAACGGAAACACCAGUGUUUUGGAAGACAAGACUUCAGAUUUAGUGGUAGAAGAAGCACCAUUUGUCAGGAAGGAUAGCAUUUCAAGUGAUAGAGAGAGCUCUUCUCCAGUAAUACCUGUUCGGCUGCCAACACCUGUUCUUGAACCACCUCCAGUACAAUCUCCUGUCACCACCCUUCCACCCGCCCCCUCCCCAACACCAGCGCCUAUAAUACAGCAUGAGAGUGAUUCUGAACCUGGAACCCAAAUGCGUCCUCCAGUUUCGUCUGGAUACUCCAAGCAAUUUCAGAAGUCAUUGCCUCCAAGGUUUCAGAGGCAGCAGGAGCAGAUGAAGCAACAGCAGUGGCAGCAACAGCAACAAGGUGUACUCUCUCAGCCAGCUCAGUCACAACCUUCAAGCAGUCCUGUGCCUCCACCCCAGCACAGGCCACUUUAUCAGCCAUUAGGACCACACCCUCAGCAUUUGGCUUCCAUGGCCUUUGAUCCUCGGUGGCUAAUGAUGCAGCCUUACAUGGAUCCUAGGAUGAUGUCUGGAAGGCCUGCCAUGGAUAUGCCACCAAUGCAUCCUGGAAUGAUACCAACCAAGCCCUUAAUGAGACGUGAACAAAUGGAGGCUUCAGCAACUGCACCGGAACCAUAUGAACACAUGGCUCGAUCUAUUAGAGAUCACGGUGUCCCAAUUUCUGAGCCUCGCAUGAUGUGGGGAGCUGAGCCUUACCAACACCAAGACACACCACAGGUUUCCUCUUCUGCAAAAGAACCAGAAGAACCUGAGGAUUACAGGAGUGAAACGUCUCUGGAUCAUGAUGUCAUACCUGAAACCUACCCAAUAGAUCAUAAUCCAUUUGAAAACCAGCAUAAAGCGGACUUCUUCUCAAGGCCACGUGAUCCAGAUCUUCACAGUGCUUCUGUUAGACAUCCCGAACCUGUUCAGCUACCUCAAGCAGGGGAAAAAGACACAGGAAUUGAUCAAUCAGAGAAGCAAGUCCCUACGGAAGAAGACACUCACAUUGAUAUCCAACCUGUCUUGACCAGAAGCUUAUCCAAUGAAUCUGCACACACUCUGAAACCGGAAGAAAGGAGGGUAGAGACUGUACAGAUAAGCUCUAAAGUGUCUCUUAGGCCAUCUGAGCUUGCAAAAGAAAUUGUAGAGGAAAAGCACAGAAAAGAGAGCUUUCAGAGUUCAAAGCCACCUGAGAUAUCAAAAAUAGAAAAGCCUUUUAAACCCAAAUCUGAAACAAGAUGGGGACCCAGGCCAGGAUCUAGAAAUAGGGAAGAUGGCAUAGACAGACCAGUAAGAAGAUCUGGUCCCAUUAAAAAACCUAUACUUCGUGACAUGAAAGAAGAGCGUGAGCUGAGAAAAGAAAAGGAAGAGGAGAAGCUUGGUCAUGAAAAACCUGUAAAACAAGAUAAAGUUGAACGUAAACCGCUACCAGCUCAACCAACUCCUUGUCCGCUUCCAGUAGUCAAUAAAACUGAGCAAGAUAAGCCAUCACCUGAAACUACUUCACUUCCUAAAGUGUCAAAUUCUAACACAUCGCAUUCAGAGAAGUCAUUAGAAAACGCUUCUCCUGAUCCAGUGCCCAAAUCUGUUGCUCUGCCAACACCAGCCAGUCAGUCAAGUAAGGAGGAGAAGACUGUCAGAGUAGUUAGUAAAGAAAGCAAGGAAGUUCCCUCUGAUAAGCCCAAACUAGAUUCAAAGCCUCCAUUAGUUUCACAGCCACCACAUGCUACAGUACCUUAUAGAAGAGAACCUGUUCUCCCACCAAGGGCCUACAGGAAAGAGGCUAGAGACAGAGACUGGUUUCCUGAUCAAGGUUAUAGAGGUCGAGGGCGUGGUGAAUAUUACUCAAGAGGAAGAAGUUAUAGGGGUUCCUAUGGUGGUAGGGGGCGGGGAGGCAGAGGCCAAAGCAGAGACUACCCACAUUACAGAGACACAAGGCCUCGUUCUGAGCAACUUCCCUCAGGUGCAAUGAGGCGCAGGGAUGAAAGUGAAACGCGGAGUGAGAGCUCUGAUUUUGAAGUCAUGCCAAAGAGACGUAGGCAGCGUGGUUCUGAAACAGACUCUGAUAGUGAAGGGCGUGAAAGCGCAAGUGACACACCUCUGUCAGAUAAAGACAGCUCCAGCAGAAGCAAACCUCCUAGAGACGAACGUUCUGAAAUAAAACGGGCACCCAAAUCUGUUUCGACUCUAAAAUCAGAAGCUGGAACAUCAAGAUCAGAGAUGAGGGUGCCGGAAAGACACUUCCCUAGAGAUGAAGACUCUCGAACGAAACCUGGUUUCUUGCCAAAAGGUGAACCUUCACGUAGAGGCAGAGGAGCAGGAAGUUUUCGACGUGGGGGCAGGGAGCCAGGCAUCCGUUCAAGCCGCCCACCUCCACCUCGUAGAUCUAAUUAUAGAGACAAUCAGUGGAUUCCAAGGCAGCAAGAUUCAAGACUGCCACCACCUCCACGAAUGGAUGAAGGGGAGCACAGACAUCAUGAGCACGCAGCAUUACCCCCAGGGGAUAAGAGACCACCUAUGAAAUUUGAGCGCAAGUUUGAUCCUUCAAGGGACAGACCAAGAAGACAAAGGCCCACCCGACCACCCAGACAGGAUAAGCCUCCAAGGUUCAGGCGUUUAAAAGAACGAGAAAGAGAAGAUGCUGGCAAACCCGUAGAAGUUACUGGAUCUAGUCAAGGAGUCUCUGCUUCAAACAAUGCACAUGAGCUCCCUUCAGAUUUUUCUGGUAACAAAACUCCAGAUUUGUCGAAUCAUAACUCAUCUGAUCAGGCCAAUGAGGAAUGGGAAACCGCCUCUGAAAGUAGUGACUUUAAUGAGCGAAGAGAAAGGGAUGAGAGAAAAGCAGCCACAUCUAACAUCCAGUCACCUGCUGCCAGCAAAGCAUCUGAUGGUUUAGCUCAAUCACCACCCAAAAGAGAGAGUGCCAAAAGAAGUUUCUCUAGUCAGAGACCUGGUAUGGAUCGUCAAAAUCGUCGGGGGAAUACUGGUGCACCCAAACCCAGCAGACAUUACUCUGGACCCAGGGGUGAAAGACGAAGUGGCACCUCAUUGCAGAGGGGGAAAAGAGGGCCAAUAGAUGACCAAAAUCCCGGGAUGAAUGCAGCAGAUUCAUCUGGAGGAAGUAGUAAUGCCCAUCAUCACCACUACCACCCUUAUCGCCCACACUCAGAAGACGGAUGUGCCACUGUGCCGCCAAAAGGCGUCAAGGAUGCUGCAGGCAAAAAGAAAGAAGAGCCUAAACUGGUGGUAAAGAAGCCUAAGGAGAAGGUGGAUGCCUUGUCGCAGUUUGACCUGAACAACUAUGCAAGUGUUGUGAUAAUAGAUGAUCACCCAGAAGUAACAACAUUAGAGGAUUCUCAGUCAAACCUCAAUGAUGGCUUCACAGAAGUAGUUUCCAAAAAGCAGCAGAAGCGGUUACAGGAUGAAGAGCGGAGAAAGAAAGAAGAGCAAACGGUUUGGAACAAAAAGGGUUCUGGUGAAAAAGGACGAGGUCAAAAUUCCAAGCUUCCUCCCCGAUUUGUGAAGAAACAGCAACAACAAGCAGCAGCAUUACAGGCCCAGUCUUCUGGGUUGGCCGCCCAACAGGGUAUAACCCAGGCGGUACCUUCAACAAUGCCUUCUAGUCAACCUCCAGCACCUGUUCAACCGCUGCCAUCCACAAAUGGCUCAGAGUUUUCUGGGCCUGUAAAAGCCCAGCCACCACCACAACCUCCAAACUCUCUUGGAACUGAACUGUGGGAAAACAAGAUGGCAGCCCCAAAUAUCCUGAAUGACUUGUCUAAGAAAUUGGGUCCUAUAAAUCCUCCACAACCGCCAUCUUCAAGUGCCUGGAAUAAGCCUCUUACAGGUUUUGUGCCAUCAGCCAAUUCAGAGAUGGCUAAAAAUGGUCAAGAGGGUGCUGUAGACUUGACGAGAGAAACCAUACAGUUUGGGGCCCCAGCAUCCAGCAGCAGUGACAAUGAAGGUUCUCCUCUCCCUGAGAAGACAUCAGAGUCCCUUCCUGAACCAAAAGAGCAGAGACAAAAGCAGCCCCGAGCUGGCCCAAUUAAGACUCAAAAGAUCCAAGAUCUUAAUGUAAUUCAGAGUAAGGAAUAUAAGCCAGGACCUAUUGGUAAGGAACGAUCAUUGAAGAACCGUAAAGUGAAAGAGGUGCAGCAGUCUGAACCAGAGGCCCAGGAAAAACAAAUACCAACUACAGUUCGGACACCAGAACCGGUUCCAUCAAAAGAAAAUAAAGUUAUAACAGAAGUGACUACGGAAAUAACCAGUAUGCUGUCCGUGUCUGCACCUGAGUUUGGAGUCAGCACUAAGGAGUCCGUAACAGAUUACACCAGCCCAUCCAACGCCCUUCCAAGCACUGUGUCAUCAGGCAGCUCUAAACUGGAGUCUACUUUGGUGCCUAAUGUACCCCUUCCCCACACACUUCCUCUGUCUCGGAGGGAGACUCUCCAACAGGGUUCCAGCUUAACUCCAGUGUCUCCUGCUACUGUUGACCUCACUCUGAAGAUGGAGUCUGCUCGUAAAGCUUGGGAGAACUCUCCAAGUGUUGCCGAGAAAGGAUCGCCAAUAACCUCUGCAGUACCUCCCACCAGUACAUCCGUCGUAGGGGCGCCCUCUAAUGCAAGCAGUGGAGUCGGUGUUUCUGCUAAUGGGAAUAACACAGGUCCCCCUCCUCCGAGCGGUGUAACAUAUAAUUCUUUCUCCAGUGCAUCUAUGCCACCCCCCAUCCCAGUGGCAUCAGUAACACCAACAACAUCUUUAUCAGGUGCUGGAACAUACACCACCUCCUCACUUAGCACAAAAACAACGACCACUUCAGACCCUCCCAAUAUCUGUAAAGUGAAGCCACAGCAGCUCCAGAGUACAAACAGCAUGCCUUCAGCCAGUCAUUUCUCCCAGCUCAGCUGUAUGCCCUCAUUAAUGACCCAGCAGCAGAGUCCACAGGUGUACGUCUCCCAGUCUGCAGCAGCAGCUUCUAAACUGUUUAUUUCCUGUGGCUCAGGGCCCACAGCACAGAUUCCUGCAUUCUAUAUGGACACAAGUCACUUAUUUAAUACUCAGCAUGCACGACUAGCGCCCCCAACCCUUACACAACAGCAAGGAUUCCAACCAGGUCUCUCCCAGAUCCCAAUCCCCAUCUAUGCGCCUCUCCAAGGGCAACAUCAGGCACAACUUGGUUUAGCACCUGCUCCUGCUGUGUCCCAAGCCCAAGAAUUGUUUACAUCUUCUCUGCAACCUUACAGGUCCCAGCAAGCAUUUCUACAGAGCAGCUUGUCCCAGCCUUCUCCAGUUGUCCUGUCUGGAGCUGCUUUACAUAAUUUCCCUGGGGUACAACACCAAGAUCUUGCUAAAGCCCAGUCAAGUCUGGCCUAUCAACAAACAACCAAUACACAGCCUAUUUCCAUAUUAUAUGAGCACCAACUCGGCCAGUCUGGUUUGGGUGGAUCCCAACUGAUAGAUACACACAUUCUGCAGACACGGCAGGGAUUGGGACAACCUUCAAAUCUUUAUUCUGGACAGCAACCCAGUCAAACAAGCUUCUACAACACUGCUCAAUCACCUACAGCUCUACAACAGAUGACUGUACCUUUGCAAGGAUCACAGCUGUCCUUGCAGAAUUUUGGUUCUACUGGUGGUCAGCCCCUUAUUGCUUUAUCUCAAGCCCUGCCACCUGCACCUCAAGCUCAACACCAGAGUCUCUCUAGGGCAGGCCAAGUGAGCCAGGCGUAUCGGGGCCUGAUACCUUCCGGCAAUCAGCAUGGAAUGAUCGCUGCCCCUGGCAAGGUGACAAUUGUGACUGAUAUUGACCUUAAGCCUUACGGCAGUGGGUUGGACCACGUUAAGCCUGGUACUCCACCUGUCGGAAGAAGCACUACACCUACUUCAAGUCCUUUCCGGGCCAGUUCAACCAGCCCCAAUAGCCAGUCGAGUAAAAUGAACAGCUUGAUUUACCAGAAGCAUCAAUUUACUUCAAAUGCCGCCAAUGUUAGAAUGGGCCAACCUCCCUUCCCCACGCCGCAGUUCCCUCCUCAGAUGCUUUCCCAGCCUAAUCUGGUUUCUCCUCUGGUCCGAGCACCACACCCAAACACCUUCCAACCUUCAGUUCAGCGCCCACCAAUGCCACUGGGCAAUCAGCUGCCCCCACAGAUGCCAACAGGCUUAAUGAACCAUCCGCGACUUCACCAUGUGUCACGUGCCCCUCCUGUUCCACCAUCUGGAGUGCGGGUUAAUGCUGCUAUAAAGGCAGAGCAAGAUCUGAAGGCAAAACAGAGAGCAGAGGUUUUACAGUCGACACACCGCUUCUUUGAGCAGCAGCAGCAAUAUCAACAGAGUAAACCUGUGAUUCCCAAGCCUCAGAAAACUACCCCUGGCCCUCCAAAGCCUUCAGACACCAUGUUAGACCCAUCCAUGAUCUCACAAGAGAAGGCAGAAGACAGCCCAGCCGCCUUGGCUCCAGCUUCAGUGCCGACCUCCACUAAACCCAUCAGAACUGGACCAAUAAAACCUCAGGCCAUCAAAACAGAAGAUACUAAAUCCUAGAGACAGCUUGGGGGGAAUGCUAUGUUUUAAGCACUACACCGAGGUGUAAUGAUGAUGAGGUUUUUUUAUGUUUACUGAAAGAUGCAGCAGCUGAUCUAAAAGUAGGAAAUCGGAAUAGCAGAGUUUAGUUAGCUAUUAUGUGAACGGGGUGGGGGGUGUCUGAUACGGCUAUCCUUUCAGCAUUUCAAGGUGUGAAAGGCAGAAGACCUUUUAUUUAGAGUUCUUUGGAAUCUUAUAGUUUCUAUUCAGUUUGUAUGUGACUGUUUAGAGUGCAGCCUAAAUGCGGGCAUUCGAAUUUUCUGUGUCGGGGGUUGUCUACCAUCUCGGAAGGCUUACAAUGAAUGGUUAAUUAGAAACACUACCCUGCAAGGUUAUUAUUUUCAUAGCCAUGCUAAGGCAGGGUGAGUUCAAGCUCAACACGAUGAUAUAUAUGUAUACCCAAACACGCUUUAUGGUCUUGUUUAGGGUUAUACUGUUGGCUUUGUCUCACCCCCUGUGUUCGUUCUCCCUGUAUCUGGCUCUUUCCAAUGCGUGUAUAUGUGUGUGUUGGGCCCUAGUUUACUAGACAUUUAUUCUCAAGCAAUUAAUGUACAGAAUCACAUGGACCAGACUCAAAAAGGAGCAUACUUGUUACAGGUUUCACGUGAAAUGAAGGCAUUAAGCAGUUGAGCUCAUACUGUUUUUGUUUUGUUUUUUGUUUUUUUCUGUAAGGCAUUCUCCGUUUAAACAUCCAAAAACACAGAUGUAUGGUCCAUUAUGUAGUUUUAUAGUCUGUGACCUAGGUGCUGAUUGAGUUUUCUUUCCCGCUUUACCCCAUUUUUAUUUUUGAAAACAAUUGAAACCAUGCCAAUGUUGCUGCUGUCUUAAAUAUUUCAACAACUUCGCAUCACUAUACUGUACCUUUACAAUCUUUUACAUGCAGCUUUGUUGUAGUAGAACUGUUGUCAUUAAACUUAAAAGGGUGAUUUUUGUCUUUCUCUAAAACCUUUUUGAGAAUAAUUGUAACACCUGAAGAAGAGGGGGAUGCUGUGGGAGUUAAAACACAAAUGGGUACGUUAGAAAAUUCUGCAUUGGCAGGUGGCAAUAGAUGCAGAUACAAGUGACAAUAUAAGAGAACAUUUUCGGGUCAAUCAUAAAAAUAUGUGAUUUCAACAAACACCUUUUAUUGGCAGUAGUUUUCUAAAAUUUCAAAAAGUUGAGUCUGUUACGCAUCCCGGCACAGGAGAUAUUCCAGUUAGCAUUGAAAUGCCUCUUCUAUCCCAUAUGUUAAAUAAAACAAAUAGUUAAACUGAAAAUAAAUGCCCACGUGUUUUUCAUGUCUUUACUUGACUUGCUGUACAGAAUAGGUCCAGACAGAGAAAAAGCUGCCGUUAGUUGUAUUUUUUUUUUUAUAUAAAUAUAUAUAUUUACUUUUUUUUUUCUUUUAGCUGUGAUGUCAUCUUUUUUGCAACUAAAUGGGAGCAACAUAGAACUCUCACUCAUGUUUUUGGCAUUGUACAGAAUUUACAGCCAAUCUUAGCCCUGCUCUGUUAAGAGAAAAAAGAAAAAUGCGUUGUAUGAAAAUAUGUAAGGUCUUUACACUAUCCGGGUUUGAUUACAGGAACUAAUAAAGUAUUCUCUAAAUAAA